CUCGGCUAGCUAACUGCGGGGCUAACUCCACACCUUUGAAAUAGACUUUGGCCAAGCCAUCACCAUACUGGCAAGAGCUACAUGUAACUCGUUCCUGAUGAAAUAGCCAUCUUCAAACAAUAAAACUGCUCAGGAGCCCCCCAACAACCGGGUAAUUCUUGAACUCACCUCACCCCUGCUCAGGUUCUAGAACUAAUCCGGACUCGGCCAGAAAAAAAAGUAUCGGGGCGACUAUAGAGCAUAGCAAUCUCAGGCCUGAGGUUGAGCCAAAAUGGCGCACCACACGACAUCAGCGGCCCCGUCGCCGCCGGACCUGCGGAUUCCCCCGUCCAGCAGCGUGGUCGAUGUCUCAAUCAUCAACACGACGGCUCGCAUCACAGGCAUCCCAACGGCCAUGUUCUUCGGCCCGCCAAUUGAGGGGCACCAGGAGCUGGCUGUGCCGUGCUUCGCCUUCCUGGUUCAGCACCGCGACUCGGGCCGCACGCUCUUGUUCGAUCUUGGAAUCCGCAAGGACUGGCAGAACCUCAGCCCUCUCAUAGGCUCCACGCUCAAGGCCUUCGGCUGGAAGAUCACGGUCGACAGGGGCGUGCGCGAGAUCCUCGACGACGCCGGCGGCAUCGACACGGCCGCCAUCGAGGCCGUCGUCUGGAGCCACCACCACUUCGACCACAUCGGCGACAUGGCCACCUUUGAGCCCGCCACCGCUCUCAUCGUCGGCCCGGGCUUCAAAGACAAGCUGCUGCCCGGCUACCCCGGCGACCCGGACUCGCCGUUCCUCGAGACCGACUACUCCGGCCGCGACCUGGUCGAGCUCGACUUUGCCCAGGGCGACUCGGGCAACACGACGAAGUGGAAAACGCUGACCAUUGGCCACUUCGCCGCCAUUGACUACUUUGGCGACGGCUCCUUCUACCUACUCGACGCGCCGGGCCACACGGUCGGGCACCUGUGCGGGCUCGCGCGCGUCACGGGCAACGGCGACAGUGCCGGCAACUCUCGCUCGUCCUUCAUCCUGAUGGCCGGCGACGCCUACCACCACAUUGGCGAGAUCCGGCCAAGCCAGUACCUGCCUCUGCCGCGCGACAUCUCGCCGAGCCCAUUUACGCCGCACACGCCCGGCAGCACGUGUCCGGGCGACCUAUUCGCCGCUCUGCUGCCCCACGGCCGGGAGCGCCCCUUCUACGAGACCACGAGUGACCCCGAGAAGUCGUUCCACUACAGCCUUGACGACCUCACGCGCACCAUCGAGAAGCUCCAGGAGGCCGACGCCCACGACACCAUCUUUCUCGCGGCCGCCCACGACGAGUCCCUGCUCGACGUCGCGGCCUUCUUCCCGGCGUCGACGGCCAACGGCUUUCUCAAGCAGGGCUGGGUGCACAAGGCCCGCUGGAUCUUUUUGCGCGACUUUGCCAAGGCCGUGGGACGAGAGAGUAAGACUCGUUUGUAAAGGGGUCUGGAUUGCCUCUUCUCGUUUCGAUCAAUCCUGAGACCGUUCACCUGACAGGCUUGGAAUAAAUAGCCGCUUAGAUUUUAUAUAAACCCCGAGAGUCAGUGCAUCAAG